UACCUGCCACUUACCAUCAUCGCUAUGUGUACAUUCGCCGCGAGUGGUGAGUUAAAACCCCUUCAUACUUGAACCCCUAACUUAUUAGUGCUCGCAGUUGUCUUUGGAAUAAUGAGCAUGGAUGCAACACUUGGUCGCAGCGCCAUUAACACCCCUCUCGCCCUGGCUUGUGAGUUUGCCAAAGGGAACCUUGCCUUGACACUGAUAAAGUACAUGCUAUCAUGGUAUCCGACCAACGAACUUCCGCUGCGGUUUUUACUUUGGAGCGUCUUCAGAGCAAUGUUUCUCAAUAACAAGGGCUCAUCUGGCAUUGGUAUCUAUAUCAAUGUGCUGACUUUUGUGUUAAACAUUAUGGCUCUCAUUGUUCUCUUCUCGACAGAUUUCAUGAACCUGAUCGGCGGCCCAAGAGACAUCACUUGGCUUUCUCCACAUCAGAAGUUGUACUAUUCGACUAGGUCGGCUGCAUCUGAACUCCAACCUGUCACAUGGAAGCGUGUGUGGCGCGAUCGACAGCAACUGGUUAUCAAGUUGAUACAACCGUUUUCUGUAUUUGUCAUAUCUCUUUUGAGAUCUCUCAGUCUCACAGUUCCAUAUAAGAAUGCAUAUAUUCCAUAUGCAUCGGAAGCUGGAGCUGUCGUCUUCAUCGUUCUCGCCGGGCUUGCCGUCUACAAAUUCCCGUCAAAGCUUUUUCGUACGGUGGCUAUGUGCUCCAUACUUUCAGGUGCUGCUACUGUGAUCGGCACAUCGAGUCUGGGAAGCCACUUACCGUUUCCCCUCCAUCUCAUUGGGCAGCUGCACCAUGUCGUACCACCCCUGCUUUGGGCGAUGGCAGUCCGCGAGACGCCGGCCUGGGCCGAAGCCUUGGGUACAGUCUCUCUGUCAUUGAUCGGGACGGUCAUCGCCCUUUUCCUAAGCCAGGUCACCGUCUGGGCUGUACUUUGGGCACGUCAGCAAAAGCUCGGUGGGGUAAGGUUGCCUGAAGACACACAGGACAGUCGAACACCUUUAGAGGUGAACCACAGCGAAAGCGGGAUAGAAUAGCAGUGAAUAGUCAUUUUGUGUUCUCGAACUUUGAAUGAUAAGGGAAAGUAUUCUUCUCCACAGAAGCUUUGUUGAAUUAAAGCCCCGAGUUUUGAAAUGUCACAUGUCCUUGACCAUUAGGUGUCCUCGUCUCGGAAG